UGCGACGUUGCCGCCGCCUCGUAAAACCGCAUGCGGCAAUUCGGCUUCGCAACGCAUUGCUUCUGUAGUCGAAAAAUGGCUGUGGAAUAGCAAAGCUUUGUCGACGAACGUUUACUUUCGAAAUGAGUAAACGGCAAUAAUCGUAAUCGACUACUGUUAUAAAGCAAGUUGUUAUUUACAUAGAAAUUAUCCAUAUUUUUAAACUAUGGAUCUAUUAGCGUCUCGGUUAGCACGCGAUGCUAAAUCAAAACCAAAAAAAGGCGUGAAGAGGUUAUCGAAGAAUGAUACCAAGGAAAACAAAAAGAAAAUUGCUUCAAAAGUAGAUUCCGUUGCUGUUGAGAAAUUGUCAAAAAAGCAAAAGAAUUUACAAAAGGAAGUUUCUUCUAAGAAAAAGGACCUUAUAAAAAAUAUCCUCCAAAAACAAGAAAGUUUAGUGAAGAAUUUGAUAAAAAAGAACGAUAAAGAUACUUUUGCACCCUCACAAAAUAAAGUAUCCAAGCCAAAAAAGGUUGAAAAAAGUGAUGAAAAACCUUCUGCUAAGAAAGUUGGUAAGAAGCCAGGUAAAACAUCGAAAAUACCUGACUAUCAAGUUAUCAGGUCUGAAGGUGAGGUAAAGACAGAAGAUACAAAAUCUAAAAAGAGGCAGGCACCUCUUCAAGUAAAAGAAGAGGUUAGUAAUUCUAAAGCCACGAAGAAAAUUAAGUCGCAACCUGCUAAACCUGUUGCCGUUAAAAAGACUGCAACUAAAACAAAAGAUGUUGGUAAUUCUAAAAAGUCAAAGAAAGUCAAGUCACAGGUUACGAAACCCACAUUAGUAGAAAAAAAUUCAGUUGUCAAAACAGAAGAGGUUUCUAGUAAUGCUAAAUCUGCGAAGAAGCUCCAGUCUCAACCUACAAAACCUGUAGCAGUAGAGAAUAAUGAAGAAAUUAAAAACAUCAAAUCAAAGAAAAGGAAACAACCAGAAACAGAGGAACAGAAAUCAGGAUUAAAUUUGAACAAGAAAGAAGUUGUCAACUUUGUCAAAGCUCUUAUCAAAGUUAUUGAAACUGAACAACAAAAGAAGAAAACCUUGUUCGAUUCAGAAAAACCACCAAUUUUAAUGAAUGUCAAUUGUUUCAAAGUUCCUAAAGUACCACUACAUCAACAUCGAAUUAAACUUCCACACUCAAUGAUCUCCUCCACUGAUGAUAUAGCAAUAUUUGUGAAAGAUCUUAAGAGAGGCAGGAAAAGAGAUCCUGAAGAUACUGUUCGCCAUUAUGAAGAUAUAUUUCAACAACAUGGGAUCACUCAAAUAAAAGCUAUUAUUCCAAUCAAUCAAGUAAAGACCGAGUACAGACAGUUUGAGAUGAGAAGAAGACUGUUCAACUCUUAUGACCAUUUUCUUGUUGAUGGUCGUAUCUCUGGUCACAUUGCUCACUUGUUAGGAAAACAGUUUAGAGAAAAGAGAAAGUUGCCAACUUCUAUUCCCAUGGAAAGGAAAAACUUAAAAGAAGUUAUCGACAGUUCUCUCAAGAAGACUUGUAUACAAAUUCAUGGCCAUGGCGAUAGCUCCAUUAUUCAAAUUGGUACAUGCUCUAUGAAAGUAGAACAUAUUGCCGACAAUAUAUUGGCAGUGGUAGAAGAUUUGAGUAAAAACUUCCCUGGAGGAUGGGAAAAUAUUCGAUCCUUGAGGAUAAAAGCUCCAUUGAGCCUUGCCAUUCCUAUUUAUGUGUCACUGAAAAGCAGAAAUGAGGUAGAAGUUCCAGUACUGACGCCGAAACGACCAAAGGCAUACCACGAAGUUGAGGGUGAAUUAUCCACCUACACGUCCAAUGUUAAGGUACAUGUGGCACCUGAUGGAUCAGUACGUGUUGAAAAACUUCAGGGUGAUGACAGUGAUGACGACACCGAAGACAGCGUAAAGAAAGUUGAUGUUAAAGAAGAGAAGAAAGAAAACGUAAAAAAAGUUAGGGGAGAAUAAAGAUGAUGAGGAAGACGAGGAAGAUUAGAUAGAAAACUGUUAAAUUUAAGACAUUGAAUUUUGCAUUGUAAAUAGAACCAUAACUUUUUAUUAAGUUAAAAUAUUUAUAAGGUUGAUGAGAACCUUUUGUUCUUUUUUAAAAAUGUAAAUAAAUGCAUUAUUUUGUACAA